GUUAGUGCUGAGCUAUCAGUUCAGUAGCAAACUAAAUUAUUAGUUGUUCGUUUCUGUUUCGACAUCCUUUACUCUAAAUUCUCCUAGUGCUCCCAUCCGCUCAGCCGUAAGAUGUAUUCUGAACCCCAACAAGGUACACAGAGCACACAAACCGUGCCUCAACCAGCUCCUCCAGCACAAUGUGUGCCCCUGACAAUGGUUGAUGAGGAUGGGAAGGUGCGAUAUUGUUAUCACGGCGGCAAGUGCCGAUGCGAGAAUUGUCGGAUUUUCCGUCAGAAUCAGCAAGAUGAAUUGGAUAGAAAUCUGGACGCAUUCAUUCCACACAGCCGCCUCAAGCUGGAGCCGGCAAUUCGCCAGGUGAAGCACAAACAAUAUCGAUUGGAGGCGACUCGAACAUCUCCCCAAAUGGCUAAGAUGCUGUUGGACGAUCAUAUGCGUUUGAUUGAAGAAUAUCCCACCUAUUACCUGCCCGAUAAGUAUUAUGUGAAGGAUGCUUGGAGAAUUCCUGGUCCACAGGAAGUGGGAACUCAAACGGAGAUACUCAUCGGCAACUAUGGCAUCGAUGGCUGUCCGUGUGCUGAUAAGACCGUUUGCUGGGAUAUAUAAAAUAGCAUGGUAUAAAUCAGCAAAAAAAAAAUUAAUGUCAAUAGCUGGGGGAAUAAAGAGUAAAGAUGAUAAACAAAGGAA